AGCGAGCAGAUCGGGAAGAGCUCUGUUUAGAACACGUGCGCGCGCGGCGUCGUCUUGGCUCUCGUUGCGUACGACCAAAACAAACCUUUGAGUUUUUUGAACGCUAAGUCCCACGGUCUUACGUCCUCCUAAGUGCCUUUCCACGAAGGUACGCCAUCCACUCCACCCCUCGGUAAACCAUUAUAUCCUUAGGGCCGGUGCGCGGUAAAGAAUAUCUGAAAGCAAGAGACUGAGCAACAGCUGAUCCACCCACGUGCUCCUGCAGCACUAUUAAUUUCGGCGGUGCCCGUGUGGUGAUGCGAGGAGGCUCUGGGUAACCGAGCGAGUCGGCGCGCCAUGACCAACCUCAACCGCAUCCGGGUCGUGGUGCUGGGCAGCGCGAGAGUCGGCAAGUCCGCCGUCACGGUGCGCUACCUCACCAAGCGAUACAUCGGGGAGUACAGUUCCAACAGCGAUUUUCUGUACCGGCAUAAUGUGACUUUCGACAAUGUGACGACGGAAGUAGAAAUACUGGACACAUCCAAAUGUGCAACAUCACAUUCUCACCGAAUGAUACAGGACAAGAAACAGGCGACGGGCUGCCUGUACGACCACAUCCGGUGGGGCGAGGCGUUCGUGGUCGUGUACAGCGUGUGCGACCGCGCCAGCUUCAACGACGCGCACGAACUGCUGGACAAGCUGGCCAAGCUGAAGCUGCCCUCCUACUUCACGACGCUGCUGCUCGGCAACAAGCGAGACCUCGACCACUCGCGUGAGAUCUGCGUGGACGCGGGCCAGGAGCUGUCGCUGCAGUACGGCUGCCAGUUCUACGAGGUGAGCGCCGCCGAGAACUUCGCGGGCGUCUCGCUGGCCUUCCAGUCGCUGCUGCGCGAGGCGCGCUCCGUGCAGCUGCUGCGCGCGCUGCCCAUCCGCCGCAAGCUGGGCGUCAACUCGGUCAGCAAGGUGCUCGGCAACAUCUUCGGCAAGAACAGCAACAAAGCCUCCGGCGACCGCAAGAAGAGGCCGUCGCUCUCCAUAUAGCUGGCCCGCCUGUGCCCCGGCAGCGGGGCCUGACGACGCCGUCGCCGUCGCGUCCGUUCCUACACACUGUGCGCCGAGGGGCCGCCGGGGUGUCCCACCGCACCACAGGCUGCGGUUGGCUGCCGCAUUCCUCGAGUACCUAGGCAGCUGUCUGUGGACAGAAUCUCUCGCGUGAGAACGACUAGAGGUUUCGAGGCUUCCCACAUGAACACAUACGGCAUCCAACAGGAAGUGCUUUGCAUAAGAUGCGAAGACGUGUGAUGCUUGUUAGAAGCUCCCCAUUCGAGACUGCCCUGUUUUAGAGGGCAUAUUUAUACACAGUAUUGACUACAUUCGUUGACCUCCGAUUUGGGUACGUGGCCUUACCGACUGUAGGUUGUCCACUGGAAUACCCCCCUCCAAACGCAGGGAUCAAAGUCGCUCCUAAAAGGACCCAACACACUUGCAUUAAUGUCCAGCGGAAAUGAUCCAACAUUUCACAUGUUGAAGUCACUACCACUCAAGUUCCUUAAGGUCGUGAGCGAAGGUAUCGGUGCAAAUACAAGAGGCAGCUGACAAGUGUUUGCUUCCAUCCCAGGGGACACUGAAGAUUCUCAUGACAGUAUGAACAAAUUCAGUAUUGAUUUAAAGCGGGUGUGUCCAAUCUUUCAGCUUACCUGGUCCACACUGGAAGAGUAGUAUUUUUGGGCCGCGCAUAAUAUACUUAAAACUAACACGCUGGAAAGAGAGAGAGAGAGAGAGAGAGAGAGAGAGGGGAGGGAGAGAGACAGACUGUCGAAGGUGUGGCAGGAAUUUUAAAUUGAAAAUAUUCAUUUUUUCAUAACAAUCGUAAUUUUAUGGGAUUUUUUUUUCAAAAGAUUGUGUGAAACACGCUCGCUUUUUGGACCGCACUGAUGCUUUCUUAGGAUCGUAUACGGCUCGCGGGCCGCGGGUUGGACAUCCUUGGUUUAAAGUUUGCUGACGGCUGUCAAACUGUGUUUGAGGAGAAAACUCAUAAUUUACCGUGCCAAAUUUUGUUUUUGCGUGUUGCUACUCUGAGGACCAUCGGUAGUCUGUUGUAAUAGUACGUAUUACUUCUCAGUCCGAGGUACAUCUUCUAGUCCAGAAAAAGAAGACGUGGUAAAAUGUUUCGAUAACAAGGGAAGUGCGUGAUCUCAAACGCUCAGGACCACACGAAAAUGUCCUUAGGAUAUAAACUGCUCACCCCAAAAAACAUAGGUGUAAGCCAUUCGCAUGCAGAACUGCUUGUCUUAUCGUGACAGACAUUUGAAUGACCACCUGUUCAAAGUGUAACAGGGUAGGUUUGGUAACGUGAAGAAAUGAAACCUCGAUAUCAUAGGACUAAAAAACUCCCACAUUUCAAUGUCGUCAGUUAUUGGUGUAUGUCCCUCUGUUUACAAUAAUUACACUGCCUGAAUAACAAUCAUUCUCUAAUGGCGUUACAGUUACUCAGUCUACAAAGUGCAGUUGUGGGAUUACAGCAAAGUGGAACAGAACAAUGUAUACCUCUGACUAAAGGCACUUUUUUACUUUCAGAAUGACUUCUGCACACCAAAAGUCUCACUAACUAUAUUACUAAAUGGUGAUAUUCAUAUGUCGUCGUCAUUACCCGACUUUUGGCAAACAUACAGUACUAUGCUUGUACUUCGGAGCAGGAAGUUUGUUGUAUAGCAUAGAGUGAGGGCUGAUGGUGAAUUUAUGAUCGUAAACCUUACUUGCAGUUUCCGACACUGUAGUCACAAAAUCAAUCAUACUUCUAGCGUAUAUAUUGCCGAAGAAGUACGCAUCAGGAGCUUGGCAAUAUUUUGUUUUCUUCGGCGUGGUUUUGGUCCUAUUACAGUGAUAGUUUGUUCCUUCUCGUUACAAAAGUUCCUCUCCUAAGCAUCGAAUAGAUGAUCAUUCAAAUUCGUUUCGCUGUAAGAUGCGCUGUUUUGCAUUUGAGUGAAUCAUACCACUGUUUUUGGGGUGAGACAUUUGUAUUAUAAGCAAAUUUGAAUGUGGUUCUCAACGUUUCAGGUGACCCACUUGUCUUGUUAAAUCAAGUAUCCCAUGUUCUUUAGUGAUUGACCCUUGUAAACAGCAUACAUGUUUUGUGAGUUAAUGAAGUGGGCCCUAUUUAUGACUUUAGUUCGUAAUGACCUGCAGGUGAGGUGUUUAUAUUCCGAAAUGACAGUCGGCUAUAAACGUGGCCGAAAUAUUAUUUCUUGUAUUAGAUCUAGACGCACUUGAUGUGGAUCUUGUUUUACGGUGCGGUGCAAACAAAUACUAGGUGACAUUUGAACCUGCUUUUGCGAACUACAUCUAAAAAAAAUUCCUGCGCAUUUCAGUGCACCGCAGUAGCAAACAAAAUCCAGUUUGUCUACAUCUCGGUCUAAAACGGGAACCAACAGUUCCGCCGACUGUCGUUUCGGAUUGUAGGCACGAUGAAAACACUCAACAACUGUCUUUCCUUAUUGGCAUGGCUUAGUAGGAUCCGUUUCUUCUACUGGUGUUGAUACGACAGAAUUGUAUUCAUAUGUGGCUACAUAGCCCUUCUGAGACACAUUUUAAUUAUUCAGUUUCUAAUUAUCUUUCUUGGGCUUGUCGAAUGUGAGGAAGAUACCACUUACGAGUCACUUAGCGUGUAUUGCUGAUCGUAUGACAUGUCCAGUAUGUGACAGGCAUUUUCGUGGACUUUGAUGACUGCCUAAUAUUCACAUACGUCAACCACAUCCGAAUAAAUACGUGUAAAUUAAUUACAAGUUCCCAGAGACGUUUGAGACACAAGCGUUUAAAGUAAUGAUAUUUGCUGAUGUACAUAAAAAGAUGAAGACAUAAAUGUAUAUAAAGAACAUUUUCUACCAAGUGAGUGAAUUUGAGAUUCAUUGUGUAAUUUAAGAAGUGAAACCACGUGCCUUAAAGACUUUAUAGUAUUAUGACACAUUCCUUCAUCGCAAUGAUAUUUUUAUAAAAUGAUUUAUUGUAAAUAGUCAUCAACUGUUCUAUUACUUUAAGAAACGGUGUUCCAUGUCCUUGUAUUAUACCUACAGAUGCUUUUUUAAUGCAACAGUGCUAAUUAGUAUUUGUCAUGGCCAUUCACAUCCGUGUACAAUAAAAAUUCCACAUUUUGCGAAUGUAUAUAACAGAAUCUAGUUUUCGAUUCCUGUGAAUCUGGUACACAACAUAUUACAUACUUCACACAUUCCUGUUGGACAGAGUAAUAAAUUUUAUUUUCAUGUUCCUCUUAGGAUAAGAAGUGCCUUGUACAGCCUACAUUUUGCUGUCCAUCAGGUUCCCUAUAGUCGCCAGUAUCAGGUGACAGUAAACCUAUCUGCAAUGUACGCGGACAGCCAUUUAUAAAAUGCAUACGUAGUAAUGCCUUUGGCAUCAAGCAAAAUAAAACUUUUCAGAUUGCUAACAGAAGAAGAAAGUUUCACUGCUGUUGACAAUACAGCGAUCGUAAAGAAGGUACAUGUAGGUGCUCUUUGACAUUUUUGUACUUUGAUUGGACAUACGCCACCGCUAUUUGUAGAUCAUUCCGGACAGUUCUCAGCUUAGUUCUUUUUGCGUAGAACGAGCAGUGUGUUUCGGCCUGCCCCAACAUCAGAAAGCGCUAAUGACAUGCUGUCCGCGCUACCUCGCAGAUAAGUUGCCAUACCUGUUGAUCUCGCGGCGACACCCCAUUCCUACAGCCGAAAUUUAUGUGAUGUCUGUGAAAUAGGCGACUCAUGUUGCUUCCAAAUACUUUGUACAUUUCAUUGAAUAAAUAUAUAAAUUACGCAAAAACUGUA